AUGUGGGGGCAGUAUCCCUGUGCGGGCACCACGUUCCGCUCCGGAGCGUCCCAAGCAGAGCCCGCAUCACCCGGCGGGGCAGCGGGCCGGGCACCGGGCUCCGGUCAUCUCCCGACACUUCCACGCUCCUUAAGUUUCUACUGCAAACACGCGGGCUGGAAGAGCAGAGAAAAAGGCAGAGGCGGCCACCCGCGCCGCGUCUCCCCCCGCCGAGCGCUCCCUGCGGCCCCGCCCCGCGCCCGCCCCCUGCCCUUUGCCCCGCCGGUCCCAGCGCUUCCUGUUCCAACCACGUGGGCCGCGGGAUGGCGGGCGAGGCGACCUGCCUCAGCUACACGGGCUGCAACUUCCUGCGGCAGCGCCUGGUGCUGGCCACGCUCAGCGGGCGCCCGCUGAAGAUCCGCAAGAUCCGCGCCAAGGAGGAGGAUCCCGGGCUCCGCGAUUUUGAAGCAAGUUUUAUUCGCCUGAUUGACAAAGUAACCAAUGGCUCACGGAUUGAAAUAAAUCAAACAGGUACUACCUUGUAUUAUCAACCUGGUCUUCUGUAUGGAGGCUCACUGGAACACGACUGCAGCCCCAGCCGUGGUAUUGGCUACUAUUUGGAAAGUCUGCUCUGCUUGGCACCUUUCAUGAAGCAUCCAUUGAAGAUUGUCUUGAGAGGAGUAACAAAUGAUCAAGUAGAUCCUUCGGUUGAUGUCCUUAAGGCAACAGCUCUACCCCUUCUGAAGAAGUUUGGAAUUGAUGGCGAAAGUCUAGAAAUCAAGAUCAACCGAAGAGGAAUGCCUCCCAAAGGGGGUGGAGAAAUACUGUUUGCUUGCCCAGUGAGAAAGGUCUUGCAGCCUGUUCAGUUCACAGACCCUGGAAAAAUCAAGCGCAUCAGAGGAACUGCAUACUCUGUCCGAGUGUCACCACAGAUGGCAAACAGAAUGGUGGAAUCUGCAAGGGGCAUCCUGAAUAAAUUCCUCCCAGACAUCUAUAUCUACACAGAUCAUAUGAAGGGGGUCAACUCUGGAAAAUCACCAGGUUUUGGCAUGUGCCUUACUGCAGAAACGAUCAAUGGCACUAUUCUCAGUGCUGAGCUAGCCUCAAACCCUCAGGGCCAGGGAGCAGCUGUGCUUCCUGAGGAGCUGGGCCAGAACUGUGCUAAGCUGCUGCUUGAGGAGAUCUACAGAGGAGGCUGUGUAGAUUCAACAAAUCAGAGCCUUGCUCUGCUCCUCAUGACCCUUGGACAGCGGGAUGUUUCCAAAGUCCUGUUGGGACCUCUGUCUCCAUACACAAUUGAGUUUCUGCGACACCUCAGAAGCUUCUUCCAGAUCAUGUUUAAAAUUGAAACAAAGACUGCUGAGGAAGAGCACACAGGUGGAGAGAAAGUCUUAAUGACAUGUGUUGGCAUUGGAUUUUGCAACCUCAGUAAAACUAUGAGAUAAAAAACAUCUACAGACUUUGUGAAAGACAGAAAAUGCUGCAAAGGUCUAAUAAAACCAACCUGUCUCUGUCCUUAUUCUGGCAUAAGGAGACCUGUGAUGAUUCCAGUGCGGGGGUACCCAAGCUCACUGCAUGUAAACAACAAAGCUGACUGUAGACUAUUUAGAUCUGUGCUAUUUAUAAACGCAAAUUCUGUGCUGCUUGGAGUGGCUCUCUGAAGUCUCUCUCCCAAGCUGACAUGGGACUCUUUGCACUGUAUUCCACUGAAUGAGGCACAAGUGCCUCAUGUCACUGUGCUCUCAAGCCUUAAUGAGGUGAGUGCUCUGGUUCUAUGUAUUUACUGAUUUCACUUGUAGCUUUUUCUGAAGGGUUUAGAUAGAGAGGGAAAACAAGCUUUACCAAAACAGGCUUUGCAUUGCAAAACAAAUGAUCACAAUGGAAAUAUUAGAUUCUUGAGGUAAUUGCAGAGAUAAUAUUGGCAUGAAAAUUAAAGUAAAGGUAUGACAGCAAUUCUUUGUUUAUGCAUUGUGUGUGUGUAGAAUUUGUCAGAAUCUCCACCCCUGUUUACAUCUACUAAAUUCACAGAAUCACUAAAUAGUCAGAGUUGGAAAGGACCAGAAGGAUCACUGAGUCCAGCUCUUAAGUGAAUGGCUUAUACAGGGAUGAAACCCAUGACCUUGGCAUUAUUAGCACCAUGCUUUAACCAGCUCAUUUCAUCUCAUCUCAGUUUCACAGGAACAAUAAAAUAUUUGUCUUAUUUUUCCUAAUGUUAGAAUACUGCAGAAGAGAUCACAGCCUAUACUGUCUUAUUUAGCCUUCUUUGCAAAAUUGGACAUGGGAAGAGAAACCUCCAUCACAGCUUUUGACUUAUCACAUACAUUCUUUUUAGAUUUGUUUGGCAUGCUAUAGAUGUGGCUCACAAUUAAUUGGGACAAAUAACAAAAUAGCUGUAGGCUUUGAGAAAGAAAAAUAUUUUCAGUUCCACCAUCAUAUUUUGUGCAUCUGCUCCCUUUUUAAAGUGCCAGUAAUGCUCUAUGGGCUGUAUGCUUGGAUUGACAGAUGCAAAGAAGUUUCUAAGGGUUGUAAAAAUUUACUCAUAAAAGGCUUCUGGUAGAUACCUGGCAAACCUGUGAACUCCUGCUGAACUCCUAACACAAGGGAAAAAAUUUAUAUUUGACUUUAGACUAUACUUUGUGUCUGGAGGAAAAUAAAACUGUGUCAAAGGCUGGUGUAUAUAUAGAGAGCAGAGAUAUUAGUGACUGUGUUAAAAUGGUUUUACAAACUCUAUUUGAUGCCACUGUAAAGUGGGUAUUACCUCUGUAGUAUGAAAAAUACCUAUUGGACCCAAAAAGGACAUCGUUUACUGUUUUGUUAGCUUUUGCAGGCCAUGUAAUUUUUUUACUGUACUUUGUUCUUGCUGCAAUCUGUCAGACAUGAUUUGAAAAAAUGAAGGGGUUUUUUUCCUAAAUAAGGUUUUAUUUCCCUUUAAAGCAAAACAGACAACCUGGGGGAAAAAAGCCUGGAAGUCUUUCUUGAGCCGUUCAUGACACAAGUGGCUAUCUUGAACUGAUAUAUCAAAAAAACAACUUUGGGAGUUGCCAGAGAGGGAGGAAGGGAGAAGGUGAAGCCAUUCUUAUAAUUUACUGUCUUUCCAAGAUUUGACUUGCAAAGGAAGUCAAGACUAAGGAAAUCCUAAAUAAAACAAUAGGAUGUGAAAUAAAAUAACUUGACUAUAUCUUUUACAUUUUAGUUUAGAAAAAGGUAAGUAGGCCUUAAAGAAUUUAAGUUGCUCCCCACUGUCACUAUGUAAUGAAAAAAAUAGAAACUUUAUGAAUUAAAAUUACCCAAAAUACGAGAUUCCACUGAUGCAAAAGGUGAAAUGUGCAAACAAAAAUUAAAAGCCACUAGAAUACAAAUAGAAAGCUUACAUUAAUUAAAUAUUCAAUUUUAUGCCACAGCUCCAAUUGCUCCAAAAAUUGCUUAAAUAAAAAUUUGUGUUGUUUUUCAAAAUUUCAAAAAUGAAAAGCUUUAUUAUAAUUUUUAAGCUUAUCUAUAAAGUUGUGAGUUUUCCCAAAUGCUCCAGUUGCAUAGAGAUGGCAAUAAGUUGCCCAAGCAGCAGGUACUUCAACAGCAAUUAUGUCACACAAUUACCUGUACUAAACUUCAGUGUUAAAAUUGGACUGGUAAGCCUUAGCCCUGCUGCAAAUUGCAUAGCUCUACAGCACAACUCUUGCUGCAAUUCUGAAUUUGCUUGUUGCUUUACAGAGAAAAAUAAAGGUAUAUGAAACUAAUACAUUUUUCCAGGAGAGUCACUCUUCGGAGAAAUAUUAACAAUUCCAGAGGAGGUUUUAGGUAAGAGCUUUACUAUUAUUUGACCUUCAUAUUCUGGAAAAAGUACUUAUUAGAAGGAAAUCCUGUGGAUAAAAGCUGGUUUGUUUAUCGGCAAAACAGCAAUUGACAUUUGUUUUGGUGGUCUGAUUACACAAGCUAUAAGAUAGUUAAUUUUAGAGUUGGGCAGAGGAAAUUAUGAAUUUUUUUCACCAAAAAUUAGUGUCGGUAGCCACAGACUUUAUGGUAAGGAUAAUAGUUACAAUUCUUUCAUCUCAAUCCAUCCAUAGCAGAGUAAUACUCCGAUAAUUUAAAUUUGAAGUGAUUAGCUGUACAUAAAUAAUCCUGUACUCUUUGAACAAUCUAUCAUUAAUUUAGUUAAUCCCUUUAGGAGAGCAGCUCUAAUCCUAGAAUCAGAAUGGUUUCAGUUGGAAGAAACCUUACAGAUCAUAGUUCCACCAUCCCCCAGCCAGGUUGCUUAGUCUGGCCUUGAAUACCUCCAGGGAUUGGGCAUCCGUAAGUACCUUGGGCAACCAGUUAGAGCAGCUUACCACCCUCACAGUAAGAAAUUUCUAACUAGUAUCUAAUCUAAACAUACCCACUUUCAGCUUAAAGCCAUCACCACUUGUUCUGUCACUACAUGCCCUUUUAAAAGUUCCUUUCCAGCCUUUCUUUUAGGUUCCAUUAGGUAGUGACUUAAAGGUGCUAUAAGGUCUCCACAGAAUCUUCUCCAGGCUGUACAAACCCAACUCUCUCAGCCUGUCCUGAUGAGGAGAGGUGCUUCAACCCUCAGAUCUUUAUGGUGGGCUUCCUCUGGACUUGCUCCUAGAGAUCCACAUCUAUCAUUGGGGGUCCCCAGAGCUGUAUGCAGCACUGCAGGUGCAGUCCCAUGAGAGUGGCAGUCACAAUGGAGAUAUGAAAAAUAUUUGUAAAAUAUACCUUUACCUUGCAUCUCCUGCUAAUUUCGUAAUAUGUGUUGUCAAACUUUUUUCUAGGAUGCUAUGAUUGUAGUUUGACUGCACCUUCUGUGUUUAUGUCAGAAAAUUCAUGCUAACUUGCUGUAGGACAGUUUCUGGAGUAGAAGAGAUUAAAUUUGAAGCAAAAUUGUUUCAUUCCAAGCUAGUGCACUUUACCAAAGGCAUAUGGCUAGAAGCCAGUGCAAUAACUGUCAGGGGAAGCACACAGUAGGUACAUUAGCUAGGCCAAAACAGUAAGUACAUUGCUGUCUUGGGUAAUGUUUUCAAAAUGGUGUUUUGUUACUGCCAGAGCAUAGAUAUUUUCUCUCUUCUCCCUCUUCCCCUUGGGUGAUAUAGAUUUUGCUACAAUCCACGGAAGCAUAAUUCUCUGCUUGCAUAUUCUGGCAUUCAUUUCCCUGUUUCUCAGUCAUACUCUUGACAGAAAUUAGAGCUAAAAAUGACAAACAAGAAAAUAAACAGUUUUCAGGAUGCAUAAUUUUGUCUGAGUUAAUUCACCCCCCUCCCCCUUUUUUUAAAAAAAAUAUUGUAUGGCCAUCUCCACGCUUUUAUUUU